AUGGAUUUCGACCAAUCCUCCGAUCGUCGAGCCUCACAGGCAAGCUUCUUAUCUUUGCAACAGCUUGACCCUUCCCCGAUAGAUUCUCCGCCAGCAGAUCCCACUAUUGACCGCCGUGAUCUUGGGCCACCGCCUCGAGGAAGCGAUGAUGGGUAUGAGAUGGUGAGCGCUGAAGAAAUCGAGAACAGCACCUCAUCUCUCAGGGCCCCUUCGACCGGUGCUCCAGGUUUGAGUGCAAGCACAAACCUAAACCGGUCUGGAGCUGGUCCUGGCCCUAUCUUUUACCUUAUGCGAAUCCAGAAGUUCUCGAGUUACGCAAUGGGUAUCUUCACGUCCCUCCAUCUUGCCAAUGUUUCUCUCAUCCCCGCUAUCACACGCUCGGUUCCCGGCUCCGAAACCUACCUCCUUAUGACUCGUGAGAUUUACCAAACCUCACUCACCGAACCCAUACUGGUUGCUCUGCCCAUUAUCGCCCAUAUCGGAUCAGGCAUCGCCCUUCGAUUGCUGAGGAGAUCGCAGAAUAUGCAACGUUACGGUGCAGCGACGCCGGGGAUGUACGCCCUUCAUCGCUCAAGGACGGAACUCGAGAAGGAUCAGAAGGCCGCUUCACCAUGGCCAGCAUUGAGCUACAUCUCUACGUCCGGGUACACGUUCACAUUAUUCCUCGCCGCCCAUGCCUUCGUCAACCGUAUCUUGCCUUUACAAGUUGAGGGCGACAGCUCUAACAUUGGUCUCGCCUACGUCGCACAUGCUUUCGCUCGACAUCCCAUCACCUCCUGGUUCUCUUAUGUCGGUCUUCUUGCCGCUGGCUGUGGUCAUAUGAUUUGGGGGCAGGCUAAGUGGUUCGGUCUGUCACCUACGACGAAGUAUAUCUGGGGAACAAGCAGCGUGCCCGCCGAGAAGAAGGCUAUGAAGCAAAGAAGGCGAAAAUGGGUUGCUCUUCACGGUGCUUCGAUGGCAUUCGCUGCACUCUGGGCAGUCGGAGGACUAGGCGUUGUCGCAAGAGGAGGACUUAUGGACGGCUGGGUCGGCAAAGUUUAUGAUGAUCUCUUCUCGGCGAUCGGUUUGUAA